AUGGUGGCAAUGAAUUGUAGGCAUCUAACGAGUCGAAGCACUCGAGGCAAAGACGGGAUACAGAUAGCGUUUGGAGCAACACAAGGUUCACAUAUUAGUGUACAUCCUGGCCCGGUCCCUACUCGGUCUUCACAAGUUCAAUUGAACUUCCUAGUUGUCGGUGUCUGCUACGGAAAUAGCGUAUAUACCGCCGAAGGUUUAGAGCCUCAAGUGGGGUCGAUCAUAGCGGUAAGUGGCCUUCAGGGGCAGUUGGGAGUGAGAGCACAGGUACCGUCGUCUUCGACAGUCUCAUUGUCCAUGGUCUCAGGAUGUGAUAUAAAGCCCUAUCGGGUGAUAUCUGCCUAUCCUGUUGGACAUGAUGAAAAUGAUAGGGCUCAUCUCAAGUCAUCGGGUGGCGCACGCCGUACUGAACGGUGGCGACAGGCACCAAGUGGCCCUCACACAUUGCUCAAGCUUGGGAUCGAAGGUCGGGGAGAUUCCGGGGGGAAUUUAAGCGCUCCACGCCAUCCGUCCCAUUUUUACGACCGUUCGGUUUGCUGGAGUGUUAGCGCCUUUGGAAUCACCUCUUCGGCGGUAGUGGCCGGUGGCAUUAGUCACGCUUACUGGCAUGGCCGCAGAGUUUAG